GACCACGGUGGGGUGGCACUGAGGCUCUUUCCCUGCAGUCUGCGCUAUUCCCGCCUCAGCAGCGCCUGCUGCAAGGACCUGGCCGCUGUGCUGAGCACCAGCCCCUGCCUGGAGGAGCUGGAUUUGUCCUUCAGCGAGGGGCUGCGGGACGCGGGUGCGGAGCUGCUGUGCGAGGGGCUGCGGCCCCGUUCCUGCCGCCUGCGGACGCUGCGGCUGGGGAGCUGCCGCCUGACGGGCGCCUGCUGCCGAGCGCUGCCUGCGGGGCCGCCUCCCCUCACCUGCCUGGACCUGAGCGACAACGAGCUGGGAGCAGACGGGGUCCUGCAGCUCUGCCGCCAGCUCCGGAGCCCCUCCUGCCCGCUGCGGGCCCUGGGGCUGAGCACGGCCGGGCUGCCCCAGGACGCGCUGCAGGCCCUGGCUGCCCUGCGGGCGCUGAAGCCCGGCCUCAAGGUCGGGGACCUCCUGGAGCAGGAGGCGCCGCAGACGGGGGCCAUGGCCCGGCUCCGCUUCCAGCGCGGGGCCCUGCCGGGCAGGAGGGGGCCCCCCUCGCUCCGCACAGGAGCGCUCCUCUAGGAGAGCCCUUGCAGCAACCGCAGCCGUUCCCAGCGCAGG